AUGGAUAUGCUUUUAAAUAAUCAAACUACGAGUUAUAGUGAUGACCCUAAUCGUUUAUGGGUUGAGAUUGAUCGAGGUAUUCGUUCAAAAGAACCUCAACGACAAUUUGAGGCUAUAUUAAGAAUGCCUGGUCUAUUUCAAAAAGAAACAACAUCAACAACGCUUCUUUCAGCAGCAUUUAUUAAAUUGGCAACACUUUUUCAAGAAGGAACAAAUGAAAUGCGUUUGAAUGUAACAAAAGUACUUGAUCGAUUGGCAAAUCAAUUACAAAAAUCAUCGAUGUUAGAUGAUCCUAUUAAAUUGAUUUAUUCCGUUAUGCAUAGUAAUGAUUGUAUUGCACGAGCAUUAACAUUAAGAGCUCUUGCUAUGUUAGCACAUAUUUUAGCUGAUGAUGUUGAAGCACAUUUACAUAUUCGUCUUGCAUUAGAUUCCAAUGAUGAAAUUGAAAUAUUAGCUGCUGUAAAAGCUGCAAAAAAAUUUAUUCCAUGUUCAAAAACAUUUGCUAUGUCAAUUAGUAUAAAACUUGUUUCAUUAAUUGAAGAUUUAACUACACCAUUAACUAUAAAAUCUUGGCUUAUUCCACUUUUUGAACAUAUGACACAUGAUUCAACUGUUUCAAUGAAAGGACGUCAAUUGUUAAUAUCAUUGAUGACUAAUGAUACAACAGAAGAAUUUCUUCAAAUAGCUGUUCCAACAUUAGCUCGAUUAGCUGUUAAAAGUCAUAUUGAAAUUGGUGAAACAGUAACGUUUUUUCUUAAAUUUCUUAAACUUGAACCACGUCAAAACUGUCGAAAGCUAAUUCUCCAUCAUCUUGUUCCUAUUGCUCGAUGUGGUCUAAUUGUCUGGCUGGAUUCUACAACAGAAGAUCUUAUUCAAUUUGCAAAUAAUAGUAAUGAUGAUUUUGUACGAUUACAAGUCUUACGAAUAGUUGAAACACUUAUUAGUGGAGGUGGUUAUAUUUCUCCAAUGCGUGCGGCAGAUUUGAAAAAACUUCUACAAAUGUUUACUAUACAUAAUAAUAUUCAAGUUGCUUAUCAAUGUUGUUCAACAACACUUCGAAUUAUUCUUAAAUAUCGUAAUACAUCAAAUAUAUCGUCAACUGAAUCUCAAAAUGGUCUGGAUGAUUUAAUCGAACAUUUGAAUACAGCUCUAGCUUUUCUUCUUACUGAAGUUAUUCAAUCCAAUAAUAUUAAAGAAUUACAAGUCUGUUAA